CCGCCACAGACCACACGUGAAUCUCAUUUCACCGGCAGUCCAAUACAUUCAACACAUGGGCGAGCCUACUCAGUACUAUCCAAUAUAUUCAUUAUUUUCUCCGAAGGUCCCACAAUUCAUUCUCUCCAUUUUUAAAGGUUUCUCGUGGUAAAAUCCAACCUCAUAUUCAUCAAUCAACUAUCCCUCUCCAAUCCAAUGGAGAAAGCUUUGUUCCACUCCGUUGAUGGCCAUGCCAUGCUCUGCUUUCCCUCCGGAUCCCAUCACCGCCGCCCGUGCCCCGUCCCGCGGGCAUCGAUGGUGACCGCCACUCCGACCUCCCGCAGCGCCGCCCAGUCACCUUCUUACUGGGACGCCAUCAACCUUCAUAUUGCUACCCACCUCGAGAAGUCCAUCCCGCCCCGGGCUGUGCCCUCUGUCUCCGAGCCCCUCCGCCAGCUGGCCAUCGCCGCCCCAAGGAGCUCCGCCCCGGCCCUCUGUGUGGCCGCCUGCGAGCUGGUCGGCGGUACCCAAGACCAGGCCAUUGACGCAGCCGUCGCCCUGCACCUGAUGCAUGCUGCCGCCUUCGUCCACGACCACCUCCCCCGGACAGACCGCCCCGACUCUAGGCAGGUGCCGAGGCCGACUGCACACCUCGGGUUCGGUCCGAACGUUGAGCUCCUCACGGGGGACGGCAUGAUGCCGCUCGCGCUCGAGCUGCUCGCGAGGUCGGACGACCAUGCCACGGAGACUUCCUCGGGCCGAGUCCUGCGCGUGAUGGUGGAGAUCACACGAGCCGUGGGGUCCCAGGGGGCGGUGGCCGGGCAGUAUUACGGGGAGAUAUUGGGGCGCGUCUGGUCAUCGUCUUCAGCGGACGGACGUCUAGAUCUCGCAUUCUUGGCCUAUCACGCGUGUGGGAAGAGGGAGGGAGCCCUUCACGCUUGCGCGGGGGCUUGCGGGGCGAUCAUCGGAGGUGGGUGCGAGGAGGAGAUCGAACGGCUGAGGGCUUACGGGUACUCCGUAGGGAUGAUUCUGGGGAUCAGCAACUACGGUGGAUCAGGUAAAGGGCAAGAAGUUGCGGAGUUCGAGGAAGUAAUGGAGGAGAUGAGACGAAUGGCAAUCAUAAAUUUGAAAGGUUUUAAUGAAUCCAAGGCUGAGGAAAUUUCUUCUAUUUUGAGGAGCAGCUAAUGCUUAGGGCCAAGCCAUGUCCUAGUAUGAUGAUAAACCAUACGUAUGAUUGGGUUGUUUCAUCAACGUUCCUUGGCCGCCCUAAUGUUGUUACGUUGUAGCUAGCUGGGACUUUUUGUUAUAUUUUGAUCGAAAAGUGGCAACAACAUUCCAGCCAUCAGAUAUUGUUAUACGUGUUACUGAUUGGAGCAGCGCAUGAGUUCGGGUAUCCUCGGCAUGUACGAUGAAUGAUGUGAAGCUUUUUUCUAAUGAAGUUAGUGUAUUGUGUACUAGCUAGAUGGAGUACUUUAUUGCACUUUCCAAGGUUCAUGUGAUUCUCGUGGGCUUAAUUUGGACUCAGUUAGUUUUUUA